AUGUCUUCAUACAGGAUAGGCGUCGAUGUGGGCGGCACAAACACCGACUGUGCCAUAAUCGACGUGACAGCUACCGACAAUCCGUCACGGGGUGUCUGCGCGUCUUGCAAAACACCGACCACCCCAGAUGUGACCUCCGGAAUAUACACAGCCAUUGUCAAUGCGUUGGCCAAGUCACAGGUCAAUCGAAAAGAUGUUCAAAGUGUCGCCAUUGGCACGACGCACUUCGUCAAUGCUGUCGUAGAGGCUGAUCCUCGUCGCCUCAGCAAAGUCGCCGUGGUUCGACUGUGUGGCCCAUUCACCAAAGCCAUUCCUCCUUUCAGCGACUUCCCACAACGACUCCGUGGGAUCAUGGAAGGACCGACUUUCUAUCUUGACGGCGGACUUGAAAUAGAUGGACGGGAGAUCUCUGCCAUCUCUCCCACGCAGAUUGAAAACGCGGUUGCCGAAAUCAAAAAGGCUGGAGUUUCCACUGUGGCCCUUGUUGGCGUGUUUUCUCCCCUGGACCACCAAGGAACCCAGGAGGAAGCUUGCAAGAAGAUAAUGCUCGAACUAGACCCGUCGUUGUCGGUCGUCUGCUCAUCUAAGAUUGGAAAUGUUGGACUCUUAGAGCGUGAGAACGCGACGAUCCUCAACGCAUCUAUCUUGAAUCUGACCCGGAAGACUGUCCUUGCCUUCUGUAAAGCCAUGAGUGAUCUUCAACUUCAUUGUCCGUUAUUCUUGACGCAGAACGAUGGCACGCUCACGGACGCAGCCACUGCAGCCGAGCUGCCGAUCAAAACAUUUGCCAGUGGACCAACAAACAGCUUGAUGGGAGCUGCAUAUCUAGCAAAUCUGAAUCGAGGAGCAAACAGUGAUAUCGCUGCAGAUACUCAGAUUCUUGUUAUGGAUAUUGGAGGAACUACAACAGAUGUUUGUGCGCUGCUGCCGUCAGGAUUCCCACGAAAAGCGCCAAAUUUUGUCGAGGUUGGCGGCGUCAGGACGGCAUUCUCUAUCCCCGAGGUGCUCUCUGUAGGUUUGGGUGGAGGUAGUCUUGUCCGAGUAGAUGAAGCCUUGGAUGCUGUUGCCGUUGGACCCGACUCAGUUGGUCACCGUCUUGGAAGCGACGCUUUGGUAUUCGGGGGUGAUCGUAUGACAUCCACGGAUAUCAUAGUCGCCAGUGGCAAAGCAGACAUUGGUGAUGCAUCCAAGGUUAAGCAUAUUCCCGACUCGGUGCUUGCAAAAGCACAGGCGAGGAUUAGGAGAAUCCUGGAACGCACCAUCGAUGAUAUGAAAGUCUCUGAUCUACCUGUGACUCUUCUCCUGGUGGGUGGUGGCUCCAUCAUUUGCACGGAAUCGCUUAAUGGCGUGGCUAAGUCUAUCAUUCCACCUCACCAUGACUCUGCCAAUGCGGUUGGAGCCGCAAUCGCAAAAGUUUCUGGUGAGGUGGAUGUUAUUGAAAUUAUGGAAAACCGGGAUGAGAGAGCUGUGCUGGAAGCGGCCAAGGAGCAAGCCAUCCAGGCUGCUAUUGCGCGUGGAGCUGACAAGGAUGACGCCAAAGUCGUCGAGGUGGAGAAAAUUCCGCUACAAUACGUAACAAACAAGGCGAUAAGGCUAGUCGUCAAAGCUGUGGGCAAACUCAGCACGUCGAAAUUUGAAGCGACCUUGGCAUCAGACCAGCCAUUCAACGCAGACUGGAUGUCAAGGGAUGAUGAGCAGAUAUCUGAGCAGGAAACGAACGGCGAUACCGCAUCAGCAAUACUAAAAGAUGCGACUUUCCCGUCUUCAUCCGCGAAACAUUUCACCUCUGUCCAACUUGACUCCUACGCGCCGGAAGUUGUCAACAAUGUAUGGUACCUGUCUGCCACUGACCUGGAAUUCAUCGCAACUGGUACUGGAGUUCUGGGCACGGGCGGAGGAGGCCCUUCGUAUCUUCAAUACCUUCAGUGCCUGCAUUGGCUACGGUCUUCCGAAUCCAAAGGACGCAUGAGAGUCGUGGCUCCCGAAUACAUGAAAGAUAGCGAUGUAUGCGUCUUCGGAUCCUGGUAUGGCGCACCGAGUGUCUCGAGCGAAAGACUUCCGGCUGGAACAGAGAUCAUGACGGCCAUUGAUUACUCAGUUCAAUUAUCGAAGCACUCGCAUUUUGAGGCAGUGAUUGCAGAUGAGAUUGGUGGUGGGAAUGGCAUGUCAACAUUUCCAACUUCCGCCUUCUAUGAUAUCCCUGUCAUUGACGGCGACUUGAUGGGACGUGCGUAUCCCACAAUGGAGCAUGGAACGCCGUACGUCUACGGGCAUCCGAUAACCCCUUGCGUUUUAGCAGAUGCUAAGCAGAACGUCGGCGUCGUGAUGAAUGCCGAAUCAAAUGCUAGGGUCGAAGGAAUGUUGAGAUCUCAAUGUGUGAACCUGGGUCUCAAAGCUGCUGUCGCCGCUGUUCCUUUAAGCUGCAAUAUCAUCAAGCAAUACUGUAUUCCGAACACUGUUUCUCAGGCAUGGUAUAUCGGAAGAGCAGUCCAUCAAGCUCGGAGGAACAAGAAUAAUAUCGUGAAUUCGAUAUUCAACACCUCACCUGGAAAGCUAUUAUAUAGUGGUAAAAUCAUCGACGUCAAAAGAGAUGUCAGUCGCGGAUACACCAUGGGUCAAUGUACCAUUGAGCCCUUGACGAGCGAUGAAAUAGAAGAACCCAACAAUACUCACCCAACAGAUGAAGAAAAGGAGAAGCAGCGUUGCAUAGUACUCCCGUUCCAGAACGAAUUCCUAUACGCAGCAUACGUGAACGAUGCAACCAGCGCAGACGACCCAUCAAAGCACGACGUAAUCUGUACUGUGCCAGACCUCAUAUCCGUAUUGGGCGCAGAUGGAGAAGCAAUUGGAUCGCAGGAAUUGCGAUAUGGGCUCAAAGUGGAUGUGAUUGCUAUGGCAGCACACCCGCUUUGGACGGGGGAUGCGAGAGGCUUGAAAGUGGGAGGCCCUGAGGGGUUUGGACUGGAUAUGGAGUUUCAAAGUAUUGGUCCUUAUCAGAAGCCGAGGAGCGUGAUAGAGGAGUUCAACAAGAGUGUAUAG